ACAGCGGUCUGUGCAGGGGGAGCGGACCGGAGCUGCUGAGCUGACGGGUCCCAGUCGUUUUCCAAUGCUGGGGAGCCGGGAAGCAGGUACCUCCUCCGGGGGCGGCGGGGAGGCGGCGGCCGGGCCGCCGAGCCGGGCACACCGCGAAGAAGGGACGCGUCCCGGGAGAGCGAGGAGCCGCCUCACCGGCCUGGUCGACUGGAGGCAGAGACCUUGCAGGACUUCAGCCCUGUUUGCUGCAGCCAACGCGGUGCUCUGGCUUGUGGCCUUCAGCUCUUUUCGAGCCUACAGCUUCGUGGCCUUCCUGCUAGCUCUGCUGCUCUUUGCGGUGACCGCCAGAGACGUCAUCCAGUCCAGAUCUGCAGGAGGUCACUUAUGGCGCAGCAUGACGUCAAGCUGGGAGAUCAUUGACUCAGGUCAGGACAGCCGGUCUGUGAGUGGACCUCAGCUCAGCGACUCCCUCAAACUCUUCCUCCAGGAGACGUCAGCUUUCAAACAGCAAAAUCCAGGCAAGUUUUGCCUGUUGGUUUGCAGCUUGUGCACCUUCCUUGCUGUCUUAGGACGUUACAUUCCAGGGAUUGUCUUCUCAUAUAUUCUAGUGCUGGGUGUCUUCUUGUGGCCUCUGAUCUCAUCUCAUGAGGUUGGUUUGUGGCUGGAGCCAGUUCUGCAGAAGCUGGACUUUGGCAUCGGGGAGUUUUUUCAAAAAAUCAAGGAGAAUCAUGAGAGGAAACGCAUGCAGGCUGAGACUGAGAAAGAGGGCAUCGAGUCAGACCUCUCCUCCAUGUUUCCAAAGCUCGACUCUACCGUGUGUAAAGAACUGUCUGUAUCGGACACAGAGGUUUCUGAUGUGACGUGGACUGAAAACGGUACUUUUAAUCUGUCAGAGGGACACACACCACAGACUGAGAACUCAGAGGAUCUCGACAAAGAAGAAGCCUUCAUUGGUGGCCUCCCAGAAUUCCCUUCCCUAGACAAUGGUGCGACGACCAAUGGCGACGACGACGAUGAUCUCAGCCUUGGCCUUCCCUUCCCCCCACCUCAGUCCCAGCAGCCAGACAAAUCCAAGCCUCCGCGUCACGAAGUCCAACCCACCGACAAAGCCCUGGAGUUGGUUAACCAGAUGGCAGGGGAUGUCAUCGCCGCCGCAGUCACAGCCGCCAUCCAAGAGAGAAUAGAGUCAGCGGUCGGCCUCUUGGCGCUGAGCGAAGACACCGAGCGGUCGAGACUCCCGGAUUCGAGCAGGAUGCUGGAGCUGCCCGAGGAGUCGGACAGCGAAGUGGAAGACUUUGAGCUGCUGGACCAGUCGGAGUUGGAGCAACUAGAGGGGGAGCUGGGGCUGGGAGAGGAGAAGGCCAAUCCAAAGGCCAAUCCAAAGGAAGAGCAGGACGAGGACGACAAGCCGGCCUCUUCUGGAUUCUUCUCCAAACUCCUCCGACGCCAGUGAUUGAGGAAAAGUUCAGUGGGGGUGAAGGUGGGAGUAGGGGUGGGGGGACGGGUUACAAGGGACAAUGUGGAUGGGAGACGAGGAUGUUCUGGUCACAGGCAACUUUUUGGGGGGUUGUGAGAAAGUAAUGUUUCCAUGUAUUUUUGCGUUAAGAGCUAUUAUCUACACUGAGAUAUUCUGCUGCUUUAAUCUGAAUCAACCAAUCCUAAUGCCGAGAUCAGACUACAUCAAAUCAGUAAAUCAGCCUGACAAACAAACCUGAGGGUAAUGAGUUGGUUUCUCCAACAAAUUUGUUGGUUUUUUAAUAUUAUCACUUCAUAAAGGAUGAAAAGUGACUGUACGCUCCUCAUAGAGUUAAGAAUUCUUUUUUUUUUAAUGUUACACCGAAACUUUACGACUCCCAUCACCGUAGGUGACUCUUUGGUAAAAUGUUGUGGUCUGAUCGCGGGAUAAUCGGUUGUUGAUUGGUUGCUGACUAAUCUCCUGCAUUGACUUUAAUCAUUUGCUGUUGUUAUAUUAAAGCAGCUGGAUAAUAGUGAGGUCAGUUUAGCAUUUACAAGCUUUAAAUGAUUUAUUACAUAUUAUUACUUAGCUGUAAGUUAUUACAUGAAGUUGUGACAAUGAACAAAGUCCAGUUUAUUGUAUAUAAAAGAAUCAAAAGAAUAAAGUAAUUGUAAGUUUAGUAAUUACAAAAAGUCAUAUUUUACAUUUUCAAAUUACAAAACCAAACCACUCCUCAAAUGUCUUCAUGUCUGCUUUCAACUAAACUGUAGUGUGUGAUAAACCAUUUUAAUAAACUACAUGUUGCUUAUAAAUGCUAAAUAAACAGGUCAAAUACUAAUAAAAUAACCCAGAACAUCCUUCUACACUGGACACAAAAUAUUCAGAAGUAGAACUGAUUUUUCAAUAAACCUCUAAGAAGAAAACUAAAAGAAAAUCAUCUUAAAAAUACACUUUUUCUUUGUUUUUUUUACAUCGUAGCCUAAACAGAAUCCUAAACACUGCAGCAAAAUCUGUAUUUUAGCUUCCUUUCACACACAUGAGCAAAUAGCUUUGAUUUGCAGCUACAACACAGACAUCUCACAACUCCAUUACCCACGAUUCAAUGAUUCAAAUCAGAGACAAAGACAAUCACAAGGAUCAAAUCACUAUUUAUGUUUGGAUGGUUGACUAUAAAGGUUUAGAGAAGGAAGGAAGAAACCAGUUUUUCACUUUUUUCGAUUAGUUUAUUUUUUAAUUUUAUAUGUACUUUUUUUCAUGAAACCUUUAUGUAGCUGAGGGAUGUAUUUAUUUUAUAACCAAAUGCAGCCAGUCUCAAAAUACUAUGCAUGGAUAUCGCAUUUUGAGACAAAAACAUACUAAACAUAAAACUUCCAGAGCUUCAAGUUGUGGAUUUCUUGGAAGGGCCUGGAGAUAAAUCUGAUAAAUCCUCUAAUAUUAACUCACAAUAAAAGUUUAGAUGUUUGUGUUUGAAAUGUGACCUGUGGUCAUUGGUGUCAUCAUCUAAAAACAACUCCAGGACUCAUUGAGGGACUGGUUCAGGUUUCAGCUGAUAGUCACAGUCUAUAUUCUAGGUUCUGGUCUCCCUAGGAAAGUUUUACAUUCCUGAAAAAAGACACUUCUCAGAGGUGGUGGUGAAACAGGGAGUUCUGUGGCCUCCAAUAGUAAAUUUGCAACUACUGUUUUCCAACCUCAUCACUGAGUCAAGUGUUAAAUGUUCCAGUUAAAGCUGCAGUAAAUAGUCUUUGACCAGCAGAGGGCAGAAAUGUGCCGACUUUUACUAGGAAGAGGGCUUUCUCUCACUAUCUGAUGAACAUUAAAAGGAGUUUUUUAGAUUAGUCUGUUCAGGCUGCUUCAAGUUUCUGGUAGAAGCUGACGAAAUACUCCAUAAUCUGCUGUGACUCAUGUAUCUGAUCCGUUUCCAGGAAACCUUUGAUUAUUGCAUUCGAUUACAGCAAACAAAUGGAUAUAAACCCUGUCACUGCACAAGAGCAGUACAGUCGUACCUUCACUCAGAUAAGAAUGUGUUUUUCUCCACAUCACUUGGUGAAAGAAGGUGAACACAGUUACUGUGACUUAAAUUAAUCUUGGAGGAAAUUUGAAAUCCAAUAUACUUCUGUUUCUACAUCACAAGGCCAGAUUGAAACGUAGAAACUAGUCCUUUAAAUUAGAGAGAACAUGACAAUGAGUUAUUAUGUUGAUUAUGUUACUGAAUGUGUCACAGAAAAGUAACUCUAUUGCAGCUAUUGCAAAAAAACAAAAAAAAAAAAAACAAUCACAAUGUGGACUGUGAUUCUAGCUCAUCGCUGAACCUGAAUUUUGAAUUUUGCUGUUGAAAUAGUGAAUUAACUGUAAAUGAUCAACAGUUAAACAGAGUUUAAGGCGUUUGUCCAGAAGCACGUGUCACAUGACUCGUUGCUCUGAUUGGUUGCAGCUCUGUCCAGGUACAUACAUCUAUUUUCUUUGUGUGACCUUAAAGACGUCUGACUCCUCCAGACUGGGCCUUUGGUGCAGAGACAUACAGUCCAACAAACAGCGCAGACUACAAAUGAAACUCCAGCAGCCUGAGCCAGUCCUAAAAGCAGUGAGAGGUUCACAAACAGCAUCAGUACAGUGCAGGGGAUUUUAUCUGCACUUUAAAGUUCUCAUCCUCCUUCCUCCUGUAUUGAAGAUGCAUGUGACCAGAGCUGAAAGUCCUCUUCUGUUUGUAGAGCAGACCUGCAGCAUCAGAACAGGAUCCUACCUGAUCUGGUUUAGACUCCAGUCUCAGUUGGAACCCAGUGAACAUAUUAAGAGCUUGGAUCUGAAACUAAACUCAAAGUAAAGCCAAAUGUAGUUUUAGGGCACUGGAUGUAAAUGGUCUGAGAGACUGUAUUUCUAUUUGAAUGAUGACUCAACGAAGUCCCUAUUACAUGACCUGUAUAUUUAAACACAUGGAUUUUAUCAUAAAGACAAACAGCAGUGUACAAUGUGACCUCUUGACUGAAUCAUGUGAUGCCUUUUAUUACUGAGUGACGACAGUACAAAUACUCAUUUAUCAGAUACUGAGAGGACUUUGUCAAGGCUAUGGUUAAUAUUUAGCUUGGAUGUAUUAACAGUCGAGGCAUUUUCAAGCUUCACUAAACACAUAAACCAAGAUCAAAUAAUGUUGGAGGGUCAGAACCAAAAUGCAUUAAUUAAAUGUUCAUGGAACAACGUCAAUAAAAAGUUGUAACACUGUG